UGAAGUUAUAUACUGUAUAAAUUUAAAAUUUUGCAUCUCAAAACAACUACCUUCUUAGCAAAGUGAAAUUUCACCACUUGAGUGAAUUAUAAAGACAAACCUGUAAAAAUGGUGUGUUUUUUUUAACAGUGCUAUAUAUAUGCUGCAUAUUUUACAUGUAUUAUCAGCUAUUUAUACAAUAUUAUCAACUUAGAGUGAAUGAUGUCACUUUUCUGUGGAUUUUUUAUUGAUGAUGAUGAUUAUUAUUAUUAUUAUACAUAAUUUAUUUUCAGGGAAAAUGUGUUUUUGACCAAAAAUAUGCAAAUAUGAGGGGUGGUAAAUGCACAGGAGUCUACUGUAUUCACUUGAUCAAGUGUAUUAAUCAUUAUUAGAAUGCAACUGUAUUACUAAUAUAUUGCUUCAUUCAGUAAAGAUGAGGUCAACCUACAAGGAAGCAACCAGUAUCCUUACACUUGGGCUGUUCCCACAGAGAGUGAGUCACUUGUGGUCAGUGUUGUGAGUGUCCACCAGUGGAAAAGUUCCACAGCAGCAGCAGCACAGAGUAGAGGAGGGAGAAGAAAACAGAGGUGAGGACUGUAAAAGACUUCUCUGUUCACACUCUACACAGUCUACGCUGGCACACACAAGUGUGAGGUGGCACAUUUUCAUAGUCGGCUACUUUUGAGUCUUGUGAUAAUGCAAAGAUAGCUUGUGCAACACCUUUCCUGAGCAUCAUAUAAGAACUUUGCCCUAAGUCUUGGAGGUAUAAUUGCACUUGGACUGGAAGAGGCGAGACAAGAGGAGCCUUUGACACCACAGACUGAGGCGAGGAGUACGUGACCGUGAACAUGUGGAGUACAGCGGGAGCACUUCUAUUAUUUCUACAUGCUGUGUUUGGUCAAAGCAGCAUCAGAUGGUGCACCAUCUCAGACGCAGAGCAGAGGAAAUGUCAGGCCAUGUCCUCUGCUUUUGCCCAAGUCUCCAUCCGGCCGUCCCUCAGCUGCGUCCGUGGAACCACGGUGGAGAACUGUGUGCAGAAACUGCAGGUAAACGAAGCAGAUGCAUUGUCCAUGUUUGCCCCUGACAUCUACAAACUGGGGAAGACUGCUUCAUUCAAGAUAGCCGCCAGCGAAUCAAAAGCUGAUCGUACUGGGGCUUCCUACUAUGCAGUCGCUGUGGUGAAAAAGACCAGUUCUUCCAUCAACAUCAACAACCUGGCUGGGAAAAGGAGCUGCCACACUGGGAAAGGCCGCACAGCCGGCUGGAAUAUGCCAAUCGGAUACUUCAUAGACCAGGGCUACAUGUCUGUCAUGGGCUGUAACAUCCCACAGGGUGUGGCACAGUUUUUCAACGCCAGCUGUAUUCCCGGAGCAAAUGAGGCCGGUGACCCUGCGUCUCUGUGUCAGCUGUGUGUCGGCGAUAGGAAAGGACAACACAAAUGCGAGAUGAGCGCGAAUGAGCAAUAUUACAGCUAUGAGGGAGCUUUCAGGUGUAUGGCUGAAGGUGCAGGAGAUGUUGCCUUUAUCAAGCACACAACAGUUGCAGAAAAUACAGAUGGCCAUGGCCCCAGCUGGGCACAGACACUGAAGUCAUCAGACUAUGAGCUGCUGUGUCGAGAUGGCAGAAGACUUCCUGUCAGUCAAUGGCAGACAUGCAAUCUGGUCCGUGUCCCAUUUCGAGGCAUUGUGGUUGGCAAUCACGUCACUCCAUCUGUGGUGUUUAACAUGCUGACUAACGGACUGGCCCAAUCUGGAUUCGCCAUGUUUUCUUCCAAGCCUUACGGAGAAGGAACGUUACUCUUCUCCGAGUCGUCCGUCAUGUUUCAGAGCUCUGAGUAUGAUGACCCAAAGAAGUGGAUGGGUCACUUCUAUCACAAUGCCAUGAGUGCUAUGGACUGUAAACUUCCAGAAAGUACCUUGCGGUGGUGUGUGCUGUCCAAUGGAGAGCAGAAUAAAUGUGCUGACAUGGGCGCAGCCUUUCAGAGAAAAGGUUUAACUCCAGCCGUUAAUUGUGUCUAUGGGAACUCUGUAACUGACUGCAUGAAGAAAAUAAAGAAUAACGAGGCCGAUGCCAUCACUUUGGACGGAGGUUAUAUCUACACAGCUGGCAAAGAAUACGGCUUGGUGCCCGCGACUGGAGAGAGCUAUACAGCGGAACGAGACGGCGCCAUGUACUAUGCGGUGGCGGUGCUGAAAAAGAGUAGCUCUGAUAUCAGGAGCCUUGAUGACCUGAAAGGCCGUCGCUCCUGUCACACGGGAAUUGGUCGCACAGCCGGUUGGAAUAUUCCUGUUUCGACCCUGAUAGAGACAGGCUUGAUCAACCCUCAACAUUGUCAGAUAGCCCAAGCGGUGGGCGGGUUCUUCAAGGAGAGCUGCGUGCCAGGUGCUAAUCAACCCGGUUUCCCAAGCAACUUGUGUUCUUUAUGUGCGGGAGAUGGAUCAGGGAACAACAAAUGUGAGAAGGGAAAGGAUCUGUAUGAUGGAUACGAUGGUGCCUUCAGGUGUCUGGCAACGGGAGAUGGAGAUGUAGCUUUCAUCAAGCAUUCUACUGUCUUCCAAAAUACUGAUGGUAACUCCACCGAAUCAUGGGCUACAGAUCUCCUGUCCAAAAACUUUCAGCUGCUCUGCCCCCACGGCACCAAAGCAGAGGUCACUCAGUACAGAUACUGUAAUCUGGCUCGUGUCCCCUCUCAUGCUGUAAUGGUGCGGCCAGGCACCAACAUCCAUGCGAUCUACGGACUCUUGGAUCAUGCACAGGCAUACUUCAGCAGUGACACGGGUGUAGAGUUCAGGAUGUUCGACUCACAGGCAUAUGAAGGCACAGAUCUUAUCUUUAAAGACUCCACAGUUCGUCUUGUGGGCGUAGGUGAAAAAAAAACCUACGAUGAGUGGUUGGGCCAAGGCUACUUGGACUCACUUGUUGACAUGGAGUGUAAUUCAUCGUUUGCAGUGAUUUCUAAGCUGUGGUUGGUUGUCGUAACGCUCCUCUGCUCCAUGAUGAUGACCAUCUGAACACCAACACCGCCAAGCACCACAUCCUCUUCUUCUUCUUCUUCUGUUCUCUUUCUCUCAUCCGUACCUCGUGUAGGUUAAAUACACAUAUUAUAGGUUUUUAUUAUGGCAUGAUCAUGUUGAGGCAAAUCAGUGUGAUUUGUAUCUACUACAGAAAUGACCGUGUGAUGCACUAUAGCCAUUUGUUUACAGAAGGUGAGCUGCCAUAUCAGAGAAUAUGCUGUCACUUGUUAUCUGUGGCUUUGGUUUAUCUUCAGUAGGUUUACAGACAGGUUCUUCAUAAUGUACUACUGCACAUGUAAUUGUCAUAUUUCCUCAUUUUUUAAGUCUGCAAUAUUAAUUUCAUAUAUGUUCUUAUAUCCAGAGUUGUACUUUUUUAUAUGAUGUUCAGAUGCCAUAUCAGUGUAUAUGUACUGACUCAUAUUGUCGGAAAUGAGUGCAUUCUCUUUCCUUCAAAUGGAGAUUUUAUUUCAAUGUGAAAUGAUGAACUAUGUAACUAAUAUUUAGUUGCCAGGCCAGUGAGCCUGCACAGGUAUUGCUACAUCAAGCUACGGGAUUCAGUUGUGUAUCUUUCAUUCAUUCAUUUUCUACCGCUUAUCCUCACGAGGGUCGCGGGGGGUGCCGGAACCUAUCGCAGCUGUCAUCGAGCGAGAGGCGGGGUACACCCUGGACUGGUCGCCAGCCAAUCCAGUUGUGUAUCUUGAUGAAACAAAAUAAAUUCAAAUGCAUCAAAAGGCCAUUGUGUGUGGUAAAUUCAAACAUUCUGCAUCUGUCACAUGAUCUACGGGCCUUGU